GUUCCUUCCCUGGUAGUGGAACUAGAACUGAAAGGUACUAAGUGGAAAGUGUUAGGCCCACCCUGUAAUCUUAGAAGUUGGAACUUGGAACCCUUUCUUUAGCCACUCCGCUUCCGUUUUGUGCGUGUUCUCGGUGUAACAAGACCGGACGGGAGCAUUUCCGGCGGCCCUCAUUUCUUUCUCCUACUCCCCUUAGUCUUAGUCUUGACAGCGGGAUGCUCUGGGAAUUACUGGCCUGUAAUGGAAGGCAGCUCAGAUGGAAAUGGCGUCCCUUCUUCAAAUUCAUUUGAUAAGUCCAGAGUUUUGGAUGUGAAACCUCUUCGAAGCUUGGUUCCUAUGUUACCUGAUAUGCCUCAAGGCCAAUCCUUCAUCUGUGCACCUCCAUUUGGCCCUUUUCCAUCUGGGUUUUCUCCAUUUUUCCCUUUUAGUGUGCAACAGGGAUCCCAAUGUGCACCUGAAACUGCUACUCCUAUUCGGUCAUCUAGCACAGCAGUGCCUCAUUCUGCAAAAAAGAGGGUGAAGAGAAAUCGGAAUGUGCAUUCAUCUCCUGGUUUUGCUUCUGGAAAAGGGUCUACUAAGGAUUUCAAACUUGGGUUUAGUUUUGCUGAACGUGAUGAUGGUAACAAGGAAGUGGUGGAAAAUGUGCGUAUGAGGUUUGAUGCACUUCGGAGACGGUUUAGUCAACUAGAAGAUGCAAAGGAAUCAUCAUCUGGGAUUAUUAGGCGUGCAGAUUUGAAAGCAGGCAAUGUAUUGAUGAGCAAAGGGGUUCGCACAAACAUGAAGAAGAGAAUUGGAUCUGUUCCUGGAAUUGAAUUUGGGGAAAUUUUCUUUUUCCGGAUAGAGUUGUGUGUGGUGGGAUUGCAUGCUCAGACCAUGGGUGGAAUUGACUAUGUAAAUGUGAGGGGUGACUUGGAGCAAGAGACACUGGCUGUAAGCAUUGUUUCAUCUGGGGGUUAUGAUGAUGAAGCAGAAGAAGCCAAUGUUUUGAUAUAUAGUGGUCAAGGUGGUUUCAAAGACAAAGAGGCACCUGAUCAGAAGCUUGAAAGAGGUAAUCUUGCUCUAGAAACGAGCUUGCACCGAGGCAAUGAAGUAAGAGUCAUCCGGGGUAUGAAGGAUGCUGUUAGUCCAAAGACAAAGGUGUAUGUAUAUGAUGGACUCUAUAAAACUGAGUCGUCUUGGAUGGAGAAGGGGAAAUCAGGUGGCAGUAUUUUCAAGUAUAAAUUGUUGAGGUUGCCGGGGCAGCCAGAUGUUUUUGCUCUUUGGAAGUCAAUUGAAAAGUGGAAAGAAGGUUUGUCUUUGAGGCCUGGACUUAUUCUUCCUGACCUCACCUCAGGUGCUGAAAGCAUGCCCGUUUCACUGGUGAAUGAGAUUGAUGAUGAGAAAGGACCUGCUUAUUUUACAUAUUUUCCUACUUUGAAGUACUCUAAAUCUUUCAAAUUAUUACAACCUUUUUUUGGCUGCAACUGCCACACUGCAUGUGGUCCUGGAAGUACAAACUGCUCUUGCGUUCAAAAGAAUGGAGGUGAUUUUCCCUAUACUGCUAAUGCUGUUCUUGUAAGUCGGAAAUCAUUAAUACAUGAAUGUGGUCUGUCAUGCCCAUGCUUUCCUAAUUGCAAAAACAGAGUCUCUCAGACUGGUUUGAAGGUUCGCCUGGAGGUUUUUAAGACAAGAGACAGGGGUUGGGGACUGCAGUCAUGGGAUCCUAUUCGUGCAGGUACUUUUAUUUGUGAAUAUGCAGGUGAAGUAAUUGACAAAAGCAAUACCAGGCAGGAUGGGGAAGAUGGUGAUAAUAAUGAUCAUGUUUUUGAUACUAGUCAUACCUAUCAAUCAUUCAGGUGGAAUUUUGAACCUGAGUUAAUGGAGGAGGAGAGCCCCCCUGCUCCAAUUGAAGAGUAUGAUAUCUCAUCUCCUCUAAUUAUAAGUGCAAAGAACAUUGGAAAUGUUGCUCGAUUCAUGAAUCAUAGUUGCUCUCCAAAUGUCUUCUGGCAGCCAGUUAUUUAUGAGCACAAUAAUGAAUCCUUUCUACACAUUGCAUUUUUUGCAAUGAGACACAUCCCACCAAUGACAGAGUUGACAUAUGAUUAUGGGAUUGCUCGCACAGAUGGUGAGUCUAGCAGCGCUCCAUCUGGUAGAAAGAAAUGCUUGUGUGGAUCACCAAAAUGCCGGGGUUACUUCUGAUGGUGAUUUGGGUAUGUUCAUCGAACAAGAAGCAUGGAGGUAUAAAGUUCCCACAAAGUACAAUCUCACUCUAUCUGUUUGAUCAUGUAGAUAUAUAUGCAGUUUGAUAUUUUGUUUUUAUGUACAGCAUGUAUCAAAGUAGAAUAUGCUUGUUUUGCACCCCAUGACAAAGCAUAUGAUGGUCUUUCGUAUGUGGAUAUGUGUUUGAAGGGACCGGGUAGGUUUCAUGUCUUGGCUGAUGAACUGAUUGUUUAAGUUAUGGCAAACACCUUGAGUGAAGUUUAUUUCAUUGCUUGGUAGAUAAUCUACUUGCGUAGAAUUUUAUAGUGCUUCACUACAUGACUAUUGAUAUAUAUGCAUUAUUGAGAUGUAAUAUGAACUAUAGCUUAUAAUAAUACAAAAUUUUCAUUUUUUAUUUUUUUUUUACGGAAGUAAGAAGGAAAAAUAAUCUCUUACUAAAGAGAAUCGUGCAACCAUACAAAGUGCUUCACUUGCAGAAUAAAUUGAUGAAACAUGGUUUGAUGGCAAAAAAUGUGGGACAGAUUGGUUUGUAUUUGAACUCUUCAAUUUGCAUCAACAAUUUUUAUGUAUGAAAAGCUAGGUUAAAGGGGAAGACUACUUGGGUAAGAAUAUAAGUUACAUCCCUAUUUCUUAGAUUACAAGAAUCGAAUGCAUUGUGAUGCAAACAAACAACGGAAAGUCACCCACUAGUAGAAUGGGACUCCUUUCCACCAAGCGUCUGGAUUAUGGCUUCAAGUAGUUUAAUUUCAUUAUCACGUCUGGUGAUUUCUUCCUGCUUUGCUCGCAACUCUUCCAUGUGUAAUUCAAAAAUCUCUGCAGUCAAGAAUUAAAUUUGUGAGAUCAAC